AUAAUGAAAAAUUUAUUUUUCAGUCAUUAUGUCGACUAGCAUGGACAUGCGCACAGAAUCGUGUUUCCGGUUUCUCUUUCUCGAUCGUCGUUGACCAAACUAAAAUGACUUGUAAACGUCGAAACGGUGGACGUGCCAAACACGGCCGUGGUCAUGUAAAUCCUGUACGCUGCACCAACUGUGCUCGUUGUGUGCCCAAAGACAAGGCCAUCAAAAAAUUUGUGAUUCGUAACAUCGUUGAAGCAGCUGCUGUAAGAGACAUUAACGAAGCUAGUGUUUAUGAUACUUACCAGCUCCCAAAACUUUACGCAAAAUUACAUUACUGCGUAUCAUGUGCUAUUCACUCGAAAGUUGUACGUAACAGAUCCAAGGCAGAUCGUCGAAUCCGAACACCACCACAGCGUAACUUCCCCCGGGAUAUGCGCCAAGGUGGUCCUCAACAAAACAGGAAAUAAAAUAAGAUGUAUUUCUUUUAAUUAAAAAAAAAUAAAUAAAAUUAUAAAAAAGAAUAAAA